AUGGCGACGGCGAAGGGCACCGUGCGGCGGCGGCAGGACGGGGAUCGCACCCGGGAAAACCUGCAAAACAGGAUCAGGUACCGUCGCGACAGGCUCGUCCAGGACGCCUGGGAGAUCUCCGAGCUCUUCGCGCCCCACCUCGCCAUCCUCGCCUUCCCCGCCUCUGGCAAAGCCAAACCCCUCCUCUUCGGCAACCCCACCCUCGAGUCCGUCCUCCGCAACGUCGUUGUCGACGCCGACGUAGGGGCGGAGACGGCGGAGGAGGCCGCGGCGCGCGUGGCUGCGAUGAGGCGUGAGGCGGGGUGGAUCGGAGCGCGGGUCGCGCAGGAGCAGGCGCGGCUGCGCGCCGUCGCGGAGAAGGUCAAGGCGGCGCAGGAGGAACAGGGGAGGGCGCACUGGUGGGAGGUGGAUGUGGACGCGCUCGGGGAGGCGGAGCUGCCAGAGUUCGCCGCGGCGCUCGAUGCUCUCAGAGCCGACGUCCUCCGCCGCCUCGCCAUGCUGGCCGAAGACCGGAAGCCACCGCAGUGGCAGUGGUAG